AGCAUCGCUAUGGUUGUGACCACGCCCCCAUUGUUUCUCACCCAUCAGGGGGAGUUUUGCCAGAAGGAUCGAGCGUUGUUGUUGUAGCUGCUGUUUUUGACAGAGGAGACUCAUCUCGUUUCUUUUUCUCGAUGUUUCUUCAAAGCACCGAGAACGACAUGCGUUUCAAACCGUCUCGAGAGCGACUGUACAGCGCGCGCUGCUGCGGCUGCUGUCACGUGCGGACUGGAACCAUUAUCCUGGGUACCUGGUACAUGGUGGUAAACCUGUUGAUGGGUAUUCUGUUAACUGUGGCAGUAACUCACCCUGAGAAUGUCCCAACUGUUGACCUGCAGUAUGAGGUUAUCGAGCAUUACUUUGCCUCAGACAGGAUGUCAGAGAAUGCCUGCGUGGGCUUUGCCAUCUCUCUCCUGAUGCUCACCAUUAGUGCCAUGAUGGUGUAUGGAGCCAUUACUAAUCGUGAUGGCUGGCUCAUCCCGUUCUUUUGCUACCAGCUGUUUGACUUUGCACUGAGCUGCCUGGUGGCCAUCAGCUCCCUCACGUACCUGCCCAGAAUCAAGGACUACCUGGACCAGCUGCCGGACUUCCCCUACAAAGACAACCUGCUCUCUCUGGACUCCAGCUGUCUCCUGCUGUUUGUGCUGAUCUUCUUUGCCAUUCUCAUCGUCCUCAAGGCCUAUUUGAUCAACUGUGUGUGGAACUGCUAUAAGUACAUAAACAACAGGAACACUCCAGAGAUUGCCGUUUAUCCUGCUUUUGAGACCCCACCUCAGUACAUCCUUCCCACCUAUGAAAUGGCCAUGACAAUGCCAGCGAAGGAGCCACCUCCUCCUUACAUGCCAGCUUGAAUUCCCCCAACUGGUUUUCGUCAGUAAAAGCCAGUGCAGACACCCAUCUUUGCCUUUUGAUCCUGCCUUCCAUUCCAACACAUGGAGGGCGUUUAGACUCCCAGCAUCCACUCAUCACAUCAGCAGCUUACAUAUUCGCAUAGACUUACCCAUGACUAUUUCUUUCGCAUGACUCUCGUAACAGCUCGUCACUGCAGAUCUAUUUUUGUAAAACUAUAAGAAAACAGUUGAAGCGGUACGGUGUUGGGGAAGAGAUCGGUUGUGGCAGGAUUUAUUUUUAAUUACUUAGUGUUGUAUCUGAGAUAUGAAAUGCCAUUCUCUUUUGUGGACAUCAUGACUCGGGCUCUGCAAUAAAUUGUGCUUAUGACAGAAUUAUAUAGUUAAUUCAUAGUCAAUUACUAAUGAAAUGAUUCUGAGAUGGAGCAGAUAAUCUGUCGCGUGAUGUUUUUACCAAUGAAAGCUUUCACUUUACCUGCCAUCUUGAGAUGUUUAUUUUUCCAUGCUUUUCAAUGCUAUAUUUUGUUCCUGAUGUCUUACUAGAGGAUGUAUUGUGAAAAUCAACAUUGCCCUACAACUUGAGUGGGCACUUGCAUUUAAAAUCACCACCCUUGGCUAAUAAAUCUGUUUUGCUAGAUUAAAAAUAUGUUUAGACAAUCCAGUGUGAUGGUUAAAAUAUAUAUUUUUUCCAUUGUGUACUUUAGUAGUGGACUUAGGACUUUCAUUCUUUCAAAAGUGAAAGAGCUCAAAGCACUUUUUAUCUUGUUUAAAUAAUUAGUGUGUGUGUGUGUGUGCGUGUGUGUGUGUGUGUGUUUUCCAUCCAUUGAACCAUUGUGCACCAUCAUGUUAGCAGCUGUCACAGUGAUCCGUUGUCAUUGUAACUGCUGGGAAAUUCUGGUUAACACACAAGAGGAAACUUUCCUCACAUGAUUGACAAUGAUAUAGAGUUAAAAAAGGAAACUGCUAGUGCUGUAUAAAUCAAUGGAUGCAUGUUAUUUUAUUUUGUGGUCUGUUUCUUUUCUUGUAUAUGUUCUGUAAUCUAAUUACUUCAAUAAACAUUUUAAAACAUUGAA